CCCCCACACCACCACCGCCGCAACAACCACCACCAGCAACAGCCAAGCCAAGCUCGCCGGAGAGAGAGGAUGUCGGGCCGCGGCAAGGGAGGGAAGGGGCUGGGCAAGGGCGGCGCCAAGCGUCACCGGAAGGUGCUCCGCGACAACAUCCAGGGCAUCACCAAGCCGGCCAUCCGCCGUCUUGCCCGCAGGGGCGGCGUGAAGCGCAUCUCGGGGCUCAUCUACGAGGAGACCCGGGGCGUGCUCAAGAUCUUCCUGGAGAACGUCAUCCGCGACGCCGUCACCUACACGGAGCACGCCCGCCGCAAGACCGUCACCGCCAUGGACGUCGUCUACGCCCUCAAGCGCCAGGGACGCACCCUCUACGGAUUCGGCGGCUAGGCCGCGCGAAUCGAUCCCCCCACCACCAGAUUUGUGCUCGUAGCUAGCUAUGGCUGUGUAGUGUUCAUGGGCUUCGGUGUAUUGGCCGCAUCUCGCUGCUGUAUGUCCUCCUGGCCUCGAUUGUUGUUUGGAUGUAGUCCUGGGAUGUUUACCCUUGAAUUCUUCUGCAAUCUCUCACUCUGUUCAUGUUGA